GAAUAGAAAAAGUCACAUGACCAAUUACACCAUAAGCAAUGGUUACCCAAUGAAUCCUAUUGGUAGAACUGGAAUAUGUGGCCGAGGAGUACUUGGACGAUGGGGUCCAAAUCAUGCAGCAGAUCCUGUUGUUACACAGUGGAAAAAACAAGCUGAUAGUGAAAUGGCUUUAGACAAAAUAACUAAAAAACCAAUAUUACAAUUUGUAGCUAUAAAACGCGGUGAUACUGGAGAAUGGGCUCUCCCAGGUGGUAUGGUUGACCCUGGGGAGAAAGUUGGAGUUACCGCUGUCAGGGAAUUUCAAGAGGAAGCCAUGAAUUCUUUAGCUGCUACUGAAGAAGAAAAAUCGGCAUGGAAACAAAAAUUUAAAAACUUCUUUAGUGGAGGAGUGGAAGUGUACAGUGGCUAUGUUGAUGAUCCACGAAACACUGAUAAUGCUUGGAUGGAAACAGUUGCAUACAACUUUCAUGAUCAUGACGGCUCCACUGUUGGUGCUCUCAAACUAAAUGCUGGUGAUGAUGCAGUUGGAGUUCGUUGGGUUGACAUUACACCAAACAUUAAAUUAUAUGCAAGCCACAAAGAUAUUGUAACAGAAGUGUAUAAAAGAUUACUUCAAUAAAGUAUUUUUAUGCUCGUAAUAAAUAUUAAGUGGAAUUUUUCUCAGUUUUAACAACUGUAAAGUCAUAAAACUAAUGCGUGAAUUGUGACAUGUGACAGAUCUGAAGAAAUAAUAAAGACUAUUUUUUUUUA